AUGGCCGCAACCACCGAACCGACUACGAAGACACCAGGGGGUGUCCCGCGAGCCACGCCCGGGCGCGGCUCGCCAGCGCGUGCGCCUACCGCACCCGCAGUCGUCAACGAUGGACCCGCUCGCGAGAGCGGAAGGCGAGACGAUAAGAUCCUCGCCGCGCUCGCCGCACUCACCGAUCGACUGGCGAGCCUCGAGUCGUCGCAGAGAGUGCGAGACGAGGAGGAGCGCAUGCUCGGGGCCGUGGAGAGCGGACUGUUUGCCUCGAAACUCGGCGCCAACAUGCGUGGCCGACCGAUGACGAUAGACGCGAUCGGAGACGCGGAGGAGAAGGCACCGGUGCCACGUGGGUACCAGCGCGCGACUGAUCUUGGCGCGUCGCGAUUCGCAUCGCUCGAGCCACCUCGCGCGCGCGCAGCACCGCAGCUGCAGCAGCGCGCACCAGCGUCUGCGCCACCUCCGCAGGAGCAUGCAGCGCUACCUCCGCCGCAACAAUUCGCUCCGCCACAAGCCUAUGUGCGACCGGGCCUCAACGGCUACGGGAUGCCGUCCGCUAGCCAGCGGAAGUUGAACAUACGCAAGUUCGAUGGUACGGAGCUGUACCGCGGACUCGGGAGCGGAUUCUUUGACUGGGGGCGUACGUUUCUGCGCGUGGUGAGCCUCGCGGAAGCGUCGUGUGGUUUCGGAUGGACCGAAGACGUCAAGGUCGACCUGCUUGGGCACUUUCUCGCCGGCAAGGCUGAGAGGUACUAUCACAAGCAGGUCGAUACCUGGUGGACGCAAUCACCCACACUGGAGUACAUCAUGGAGCAGCUCCUGCGCACGUUCAAGACGUCAAUCACUGCAAGCCAGGCGAUGAAGUUAUUCAUGGCCAAGAAGGACGCACGACGCACCUGGGCCGAGCACUUCCUGUACAUGGUCGCCGUCAGCGAGGCACGCGGUGGUGCCGACUCGCUUGUUCUUGAUAACAUCGUCCACCACGCUUCGCCGGAGCUGGUGAACGUGAUGCGCUCCAAGUAUGAGCCCACUCGACUCGACUACCUGCGCCAUGCUGAGGAGCUGGCGCACUUCGCGCAGUCCAUUGAGCACGGCAGCAGCGCGGUGGGUCGUGAGGUCGUCGCCGCGCACGUGGAAGGCAAACCCAAGGGCGCGAUCACGUGCUACCGAUGUGGGCGACCAGGCCACAUCGCAGCCAACUGUCGCGCGCGAGUCGUGCACGAAGACGAGACACCCGCGGAGGGUGGAGGCGCCAGCAUGAUCCUUGCGCUGACCGAGAAGCGCAGAGCGACCACGAAGAAGCGCAACAGGAGGAAGAAGGGCUCGCGCGGCAAGGACGCCGCAGCGACCAAUGUAAGUGAUGGGGCGCGAACCAUAGACGACUUAUGCGGCUUCGUGCUUACGACGAGCGACGGAGUAAGAGCCACGGACGGCACGAGCGGCCUCGUACUUGCGGCGACCGAUGCCACGGGCGUCGACCGAGGAGACUGGAUCCUCGAUAGCGGCGCGAGCCGGCAUCUUGUCAACGACGAGUCGCUGCUGCUCAAGUCGACGGCUUGCAGCCACGAAAUUGCGAUGGCAGACGGCGAGUCGCUUCACCUGACGCGUGUCGGCAGCGUGCGCCUCGAGGUUCUUGCGCGCGGCGCCGAAGCGGUAGUGACGCUCACGGAUGUGUACUUGGCGCCGCGACUGGCAAAGAACAUUGUGUCGUACGGCAAGCUCGCCAACAAAGGAUUUGCCCUAGUGCACUCCGGCAAAAGGCGCUCGCUCGCUCGGUGCAGAGAUGGUGCGGUCGCGUUCGAUGUCACAAUCGACAGCAACGUGCUGUAUGUCGUGACGAAGGCCACGCGCGACAAGGAAGGUGCAGGCGGAGACGCGAUCAUGGCGGCGCUCGAAGCGCAUGCAACGGAAACCAACGCCGAUGAGCCGCACGAAGCCUCGCUGUUGCACUGGCACCAGAGACUCGGCCACCUUGCGUUCGACACGAUCGAACGCAUGGCGCGCGAUCCGGCAUCGGGCAUUCGGCUCAGCAACUACAAGCGUAUGGCGUGCGUGUCGUGCCUCGAGGGCAAGCAGACGCGCAACGCGCAGUCCCAACAAGACAGCGGCAAGCACUCGCCCAUCGAUCGCAUCGGAGGCGUCAUCUGUUCGGACCUGAAGGGUCCAAUGACGCCGCGGGACCGACUCGGCAAUCGUUACCUUGUGAACUUCGUUGAUUACAAGAGCAACUACUGCCGAGUCUUCCUCGCGCGCACGAAGGACGCUGCGGCGAGGCAGUUCUGA